UUGUUUUUUUUUGUUCUAGAUUCUGGAGAUGUGUGCAGCCCCAGGUUACCAGACCACACAGAUCUUGGAACAAGUCUUAAACAGCCCUAAAAAGAUACCUGAUGGCUUUGUUGUGGCCAAUGAUAUAGAUUUUAGGAUUAACUACAGAUGGUCACAAGGAACCAAUGUUUUUUUCACACAUGAAGAUGCAAAGAAAUUUCCUGACUUGUAUACAACAGAAGAGGUAUGCUUCCUUCAAAAAAUCUUAGUACAUGUGUUAUUAUUUCUGAAUUUCAAAAUUUCUGGAACGCUCAAAACUCUUUUCUACAUAACAGUGUACAAACACAGUAAUGCUUAAUACAGGAUUUUAGGA